AUGUCGGUAAGAAGAGCACGAGCGAUACCUCUCUACGCCCUCCAACGAGCGGGGAAUCCGGGUCGAUCCCGACUCCUGACGUGCUCAGGGAUCUUCAACGCUCGUACCCCCACGACUAGUACUAGUACUACUACUACUACUACUACUACUACUCGGACGUUAUGUAACUCUCCCAUCCGUCUGAACUCAGAUGUCAAGCACGAUCCUACCGUCUCACCCGCCUCUGGAGUGAAUGAAGCCCCAGAUCCCAGCCUGUCACCGGAGCAAGUGGGGGAACUACAAUCGACGGAUCUGUUGGAUGUGUAUAAUAGCUUGGUAGCACGGGGGUUGAUCGUCUGGGAUGCCGAGCAGGUUAGGUGUGUUAUGGAGCUCCGGAAGCUCUACGAGACCCUAUCGACCUACUCUCCCCCUCUCGAACUCAUCAGGCGUUUAUCACCCGACGCCCCUGUCCUCGCUCGACGUCUCAGGGAGUCUGCAAAUAAGUCUAAAGGCAAGGGGAAGGGGGGGAGUUCUUGGUGGAACAAGUUGAACACCAGAAAGUCCUCGGAGGAGACGGAGGAUGAGAGGGAACGGGCGUUGGUCAGGGUGUUGAGUGGGGAGGAGGAGUUGGCCGAGUUGGAUGUACCUAAGGGAAUCCUCCUAACAGGCCCACCAGGAACGGGGAAAUCCCACCUCCUCUCCCUCUUCUACACGCUCCUCCCUACGACCCACAAAUCUCGGCAACAUUACCACCCGCUCCUCCUCUCCCUCUACCAAUCCGUCUGGCGCAGGACUCAGGCGAGGAUGAAGGGGAUCACUCCGGAGAGACGGGAGGGGAAUAUGGAAGAGGCUGGGAAGGAGGGGUGGAAGGCGGUCUUUGCUGGGGGGGCUUUUAAAGGUGAUACGGAGGGAACGAAGGGGAAGGGCGGGAAGGGCGGGUUGAGGUUGUCAGGAGAGGAAGAGAGGGAGGGGAUCUCGUUUGGGAUCGCCAGGGAUAUGAUCUUGGAGUACCAUAUUCUCUACUUUGACGAGUUACAGCUCGUGGAUGCGACUUCGGCGGCGAUGUUGAGGGACGUGCUGAGUUGGUACUGGCGCAUGGGAGGGAUCAUCAUCGCCACCUCCAACCGACUGCCGGACGACCUGUACCACCACGGCGUCCAGAAGGACCGGAUGAAUUCGUUCCUCGAAGCGUUGAAAGCGAGGUGUACGGUGUACGAGCUGAACGGCGGGAGGGAUUGGAGGUUGGGCAGGGACGAGGAUAUCGAUCCCGAGGCCGAGGGGACGGAUGCGGAAAAGGCCAUCAGGGCGACGAGCAAGAGGAGGACUUGGUUUGGAUGGGGAGAGGAGGAGAGGAGGGCUUUCGAGGCGGCGGUAGAGGCUGUUACGCAGGGUCGACAAGGCGCCCCCUCGUCGGUCAACGUGUACGGCCGUAAAGUCAAGAUCCCCUGGGCCGUGGACAAGGUCGCCAGGUUCACCUUUGCCGACCUGUGCGAAGAAGCGCUGGGGACGGCGGAUUACAUCACCAUCGCUUCGAACUUCGAGACGAUCAUCAUCGACGAGACGCCUUAUAUGUAUUUGAGGCACAAGAACCAGGCGAGGAGGUUGAUCAACCUCGUGGACGCUUUGUACGAGAGCAAGUGCAAGAUCAUCGUCUCGGCAGAAGCGGGGCCGGAAGACCUCUUCUUCCCCGACGCCCUGGACGACAAGUCGAGGGAGACGAACGAGGAGGUCAUGGCACAGGAAGCUUUAUCGGACGCCGUGGCCGCUCCGUUCAGACCGAACGUGUCGUCGUACUCUGAACCGGAGCUGGCGCAACUUGCCGCAGGCGAUAGUAGUGGUAGUGGUGGUAAUAUCGGUGGCAGGCAGGGGGACGCGGCGAGGAUGUUCAAGAGGAGGGAAAGGUCGCACCCUAGUGAGGAGACCACGCCGGCUUUCAAGACGUUGUCCAUCUUUACCGGCGAGGAUGAGCGGUUUGCAUACAAACGAGCCGUCUCCCGUCUGAUCGAGAUGACCCGAAGCCCGACGUACGCCCACGAAGAAUGGCUACCACUGCAAGAAUCACACCGACGUUGGGAAAAGGUCGCGCUCUCCGUCCCUCCUGUUUGGAGACCGUUGACGAACGCGGACAUUGUCGCUAGGCCAUCACCGGCCCCUGGAGCUUCUUCACCUACACCGACACCUUCAGCUGGAGAUCGGGACACUACUAGCGAUUUUGCAGAGGAGGCUGGGUAUUCCAGGCCACAGAACCUCGGGCCGAAGGGGAUUACUCGGGAUCCGCCGAAGAUUUCGGAGAAUCAUAUGUGGGGCGUAAGGGACGAUUGGGGGAAAAAGGCUGGGGAGUGGGGUCAGGGGGUCAAGGGCAAGAGGCCGGGGAAGAAGGACGAUGAGGAUAAGUAG